CCAUCCUUUCUCUUUCACACACACACAUACACACGCAGCGGCAUUCGGUUUUGUCGUUUGUCUUGCGUUCUGCUGGUGCUGCUGCCAUCGACAUCGCCGCCCGCGUCAAAACCACCGCUCGUCCCGUCCACCGUCGCAUUUUCCACCACACACACGCUGCCUGUCUCAUCCCGACCCUGCGCACCGUCGCUGCUGCAGAAGGGCAGGCAAUCGCUCAACAUCCACCAGCGUCCAAACCUUUAUACCCACCUCGCACGCGACGUUCCCCGGAUGUCUGCUGCAAUAUGACAUCCGCUCAGCGAGGGCCGUCCGACGAGGUCACGCCGUACGUAGAUGACCUUUUUGAUUUUAUUUUGUGUUGGAAUAUCUGGAUGGAGAGAUGCUGCUGAAUUGCGGCUUCAAUUCCGUCCUGAUCGUCGCUGUUUCGCCCCGUCUUUUCACCCCGCACUGUUUCGCUAACAUGGCCUCGUCUCUUGUUGCAGCGCACCCAACGACUUUCAUGGCUCGAUUUCAUCAGCUGCAGAACUCGGUCUGAACCCAAAAAACCAGCCUGUUAAUUUCCAUGCCAAUAUCGAAGCAAAAAUCAAGAAUCCCUUGGUGGGAAUCCCUAAACGAACGCUUCUACGAGACGUCGACGAAUUUUGUCGAAUAAAACAAAUCGAAGAACACCGGGCAAUCAUCCGAAAGGGCGCACUUGUCGCCCAGGAUCCGACUGGAUACGAAGACAUCACCGGCGAAGAGGCCCUGUCCGAAGAAGAAGUCGAAGCGCUGCGCGAUGAAGUUCUGCACAAGUGGCGUAUUCCUCGAACCCUCCUACUUACUAUAGUUACCUGCUCUAUUGGUGCUGCUGUGCAAGGAUGGGACCAGACCGGAUCAAACGGCGCCAACUUGCACAUGCCCGAAGCGUACGGCAUCGGCUCGGGCUCAAUAGCGGAUAAGCUUACCAUUGGUCUCAUCAAUGCCGCGCCGUAUUUGGGAACCGCAUUUGUCGGCUGCUGGCUUUCGGACCCUAUUAAUAAUUACUUCGGCCGUCGAGGCACUAUCUUUUUUGCUGGCAACUUUUGUCUCUGGCCGGUCCUCGCCAGCGCCUUUUGCGCCACCUGGCAGCAGCUCCUCAUCUGCCGUUUGCUUCUUGGAGUUGGAAUGGGCACGAAAGCAUCGACGGUGCCCAUCUUUGCCGCAGAGAAUUCGCCUGCCCCCAUUCGAGGCGCGCUUGUCAUGAGUUGGCAGCUAUGGACCGCCUUUGGUAUCCUGCUCGGAACCUGCGCCAACCUGAUCGGUGCUAGUAUUGGCGACCAGUCCUGGCGAUACCAACUUGGAGCUGCAUUUAUCCCUGCAGUGCCUCUUGUUAUUUUGAUUUACUUUUGUCCCGAGUCACCGCGCUGGUACAUUAAAAAGAACCGGUAUCCCGAUGCCAUGAAGUCACUUUUGCGUCUGCGAAACAACCCCAUUCAGGCUGGCCGCGAUUUGUAUUAUAUUCAUGUCCAACUACAGGUUGAGAAGGAGUUCGUGGGAGAGACAAACUAUAUACAGCGAUUUGUCGAGCUUUUCACUGUCCCUCGCAUUCGACGAGCCACUCUCGCCGCUUCGACCGUCAUGCUUGCCCAGCAGCUUUGCGGCAUCAACAUUAUCGCCUUUUACUCGUCCGACGUUUUCGCCAAGGCUGGAGCUAGCGAUUCCAAAGCUCUCCUUGCUACGUUUGGCUUCGGACUGAUCAACUUCAUAUUCGCGUUUCCCGCCAUUUGGACCAUUGACACCUUUGGACGCCGUUCACUCUUGCUAUUCACAUUUCCCCAAAUGUCGUGGACUCUACUUGCUGCAGGCUUCUGUACGCUCAUUCCUGGCACGGAUGGUGCCCAUCUUGGCAUGGUCGCUUUUUUCGUGUACUUGUUUGCAGCAUUUUACUCUCCAGGUGAGGGCCCUGUCCCCUUUACCUACUCGGCCGAGGUAUUCCCUCUGUCACACCGUGAGGUCGGCAUGGCUUUCGCCGUUGCAACCUGCUUAUUCUGGGCUGCUGUUCUAUCCAUUACAUUCCCGCUUCUCUUGGACAGAUUACAAGUUUUGGGCGCCUUUGGACUGUAUGCCGGCUUUAACCUGCUGGGGCUGAUUAUGAUUUUCUUGUGGCUUCCCGAAACGAAACAGCGAACGCUUGAGGAACUGGAUUACAUCUUUGCCGUUCCUACCACAGUGUUUAUGAAGUACCAAAUUACCAAAACACUCCCUUGGUGGUUCAAGCGAUGGAUUCUACUGAAACGAGAUGCCACGCUGGAGCCCCUAUACCAUCUUGAUCUUGCUGAGCAUCACGACGGGGAGGAGAGUGUUGAUGAGCACUUUGACGACCAUGACAACGACAAAGCCCUUGUCGAACUUAAGGAUAUGAUUGGGUUUGGCUCAUCAUCAUCAUCCUCUCAAUCUCAAACAGGGCCCAGCUUCACCCAUCGGCCGAUCGGCGCUGCUCACCCACCACAUUAAACGACAUCUGCUGAUACGAGUUCUCGAAAGAUAACUUGUAGGGCCUUUUACGACAUCAUCUAUAACGAUGCUUCUUUCUAUUCUGUCCCCCGCCGCAGCUCGAUGAGAGCUGUGCAACGCGAUAGUUCAAAUGCUUUGAUUUCUGCUGGAGUUUGAUGGAGUUUGAUAUUUGGAGAGUGUGGCAUCAGUAGUAUUUAUUGUAUUAUUGGAUCUGUAUUUUGGAGGAGUGCGAUGAUAUUCUAGAUACCCUUUGCUAAUGUUGAUUGUUAAUGAUUAUUACUUUGCAUACAUUUGGUUGACAGCCUUCAGAGUGCCAUUGUGAACACUGCUUUCUGCUCCAAAAGCACCUCACGUCAUAGCAGCAGCUCUUUUUCUCACUGGUGGAGAUCCAAAGGCUACAGGCUUUUUAAAAUUUAGGACUUUGUAACGGUUAUUCACUAAUGCUCUUGGCGAUGGAGAUGGGCAUACGCUAUCCACCUCUAGCAUGAAAAACGGAUAGGUUUCCCAGAUAUUGACCGACAAGGCGAGACACCACCGAUCAAAGAGCCCGUCGGUUGGUUUGGGCCUCGAAACUGGAAUCCACGUGUGAUGUCAAUCAGAAACAAAUGCUAUAUUGCAGCGCGACAUUGGAUGCGGCAACGGCGCCGCUGUGCGAGUGCGACAGUCGUGUGAUCAGACAACCAAGCGAGACAGCACAGCAUGUGCCAGGGAGCGAACUAUGUUGGACUACCAUUAUCAGCUACAACAGCGCUAUCGGAGCCAUAGGAACAAAAGAACUUAUGGCAUUAAGGAUCAGCACGGCUUCUCGUUUGUUAAGAACAAGGGGCAUAGAAAAAAGGAGGAGACGCAAGACACACAUGCUGGUGAGCGUGGAGACAUGUGGAGGAAUGGCUGAAGUCCAUGAUGUAAGUGAUUGGCGGCCAUGCCAACACGAAAACAGUGGCUACAUGUUGGCUUGCAUAUCUUUUUUUCGUUCUUGUGUCUUCUCCCCUUUUUUUCGGCUAGACAAUGCGUUGGGACAAAUUUUGCAGAAUCUUCCUCGGCGAAUCUAGGGGAGGGAGCAAAUACGAGAUAUCUUAUGCGCGCUAUCAAGCCCUUUUCCAAGGCAUAGACACGAUGGGGGCCCGGCUUCCCGCUCCAUCUGUCGCUAAGCCCGAGGGACUAGCGCUUGAAUUGCACAAGGGCUUACGCUUGUUAAGCCCUGCUUUUGUCGAUGCUAUAGGCCCAACAGCUAUUAUUAGACGCUUGGAUACACUAGGGUCCCCCGUACUGUACAAA